UUGGUUUCUUCCUCCCGACGAAAAGAGAGCUUCUCCCUGAUAUACAUACAAAACCUAUACAUAUAUAAACCCCUCGAAACUAUUUUCAAUCUGAUUCUUCUUUCUCGUUUCACGUCUCAAUUCGGAACAAAUUCAAGCAUUUUCUUUUGAAUUUUCGGUUUUCUUGCUUUCUAGGGUUAGAAGAAUACAAGUAUCGAUUGCCAACUGCAAAAUAGCAGAAUUAAUCAAUCAAUCAAAAGGGUUUGUUUCUUUGUAUUGUGGUUAGAGCUUCUCCAUUUUGGGUUUUUUGCUUUCGAAAUAGGGCUGGAAGAAUAGAAAUAUUGCCUGCUGAAUACAGUUUAGUUGACUCGAUCGAUCAAAGGGUUUUUGUGUUGCUGUGGAGUUUUUGUAUUUGGAGCUUUAUUCCGAAUUAGGGCUAGGGUUUAAUCAUCGAGAGUAAUGUUCUUCAGUGGCGAUCCUUCGAAUCGGAAACGAGUUGAUUUAGGCGGUCGUAGUUCAAAGGAAAGAGAUAGAAAGAAACUUUUGGAGGAGGCGAAGUUAGAGAGGAGUAGAAGAUCAUGGAUGCGUCAGCAAAACUCAGCUGCUCUCAUAAUUCAGAAAUGCUUUAGAGGAAGAAAAGUGGUAAAAGCUGAGCGUGGUAAUGUGCGAGAGCAAUUUUAUACCACUUAUGGCAAGCACUGUGAAAGAGUAGACAGGCAAUGCUUUGGACCAGAUUCAGAUUUUCUUCGGGACUUGCUAUAUUUUCUUAGUCCACAGAACGUUUCGGACUUCUCCACCCUUGUGGAGGCAUGCCGUUUGCUUUCACAAUUUGCCAAAGACAGUGGGGAUGUUCUAAACCUCUUUGGUGGCCCAGAUUAUUCAUCUAAGCAUGCUCUGGUGAACUACAGGGUGAAGAAACUUGUUUAUGCCUGUAUUCAAGCUGUACAUCAUAAUAGAUAUCAGUUAAAGGAUCAACUGUUAUCCACAUCUUUGGACUCCGGUACAUCAACAAUUAUCUUGUUGAAAGCAGCAGCAUUGUUGAUUGAUCCUAAGCUUCCAUGGUCAUGUAAGAUAGUCAGCUAUCUUAUGCAACAAAACAUAUAUAGGAUUUUCCGGGAGAUUGUUAUUACAGGAAAGGAAAGUUUAAACUGUGAAGGCUGUGUCGGAAAAGUAUCUUUGAUGGAGAGGGUUCUUGCCCUAGUUAUUGCUCAUACCGGUCAAGGACAUUGUGUUUGUCAAGAUAUCGACCUACAAUGGAGUUUUGCCUCCCAAAUUCUAACAAUUCCGUUUUUCUGGCAGAUUUUUCCUUACCUAAAGGAGAUUUAUGUUUCGCGGGGGCUGUGUCAGCAUUAUCUCAAUAAGAUGGCAACAUGUACAAAAAGUUAUGAAAAAGUGUUACCUAUUGACAUAUCAGCUGAAUUCCCUGCUUAUGCUUGCCUUCUUGGUAAUUUACUGGAAGCAGUUGGAGUUGCUUUGACUCGGCCUGCAUGUUCAUAUGAUAUGGCCAUAGACUUUGCUACUGUUGCAACAUUAUUGCUGGAGGUACUUCCUCCUAUACAAACAUCAAAUACAGGAAGUAGAGAAGAAAAUUCAGUAUUGGGUGAUGACGAUAUGAUUACUGAUGAUGAACCAGCUGUUGCACCUCUUAGUAAGGAGUUGGAAAAGCAGAUUUCAAAUGCAAUAGAUCCACGCUUUCUUUUACAGCUGACAAAUGUUCUGUUUGGAGGCUCUUCACUUGAUGCUGAUUCAUGCAAAGAUAAAUGUAAUGACAACGAAGCGGCAGCUGUUGCUGCAGCGUGUUCUUUUCUUCACGUGACUUUCACCAUUUUACCCCUUGAGCGUAUCAUGACAGUUCUAGCUUAUAGAACAGAGUUGGUAUCUGUACUCUGGAAUUUCAUGAAGCAAUGCCAUGAGAAACAAAAUUGGUCCUCCUUGUCUGCUGUAUCACAGUACCUGCCAAGCGAUGCAUUUGGUUGGCUACUGCCUUUGGCAGUUUUCUGUCCUGUGUACAAGCACAUGCUUAUGAUUGUUGACAAUGAGGAGUUCUAUGAGCAAGAAAAGCCGUUGUCACUCAAUGACAUCAGAUUAUUAAUUGUUAUCCUGAGACAGGCUUUGUGGCAGAUUCUUUGGUUAAACCCUGUGGCACCAAUGAAAUUUACUACAAACACUCUUUUCUUAAAGAAGCACCGUGUAGAAUUUGUUCAGUAUAGGGUUAGUGUUGUGGCAUCUGAACUACUUUCCCAGUUGCAAGAUUGGAAUAAUAGAAGGCAGUUUGCACACCCAAGCGACUUCCAUGCUGAUGGUGUCAAUGAUCACUUCAUUUCUCAGGCUAUGAUUGAAAACACAAGGGCAUAUGACAUACUAAAACAAGCUCCUUUCUUGGUGCCAUUUACAAGCAGAGUUAAAUUAUUCACUUCACAGCUUGCUGCGAUCAAGGAAAGGCCUGGGUCUCAUUCUCUUUUUAACCGAAGCAGUUUUAAGAUAAGGCGAGACCAUAUACUGGAAGAUGCUUUUAAUCAGUUAAGCACAUUACCAGAAGAGGAUCUUCGUGGAGUGAUUCGGGUUACUUUUGUCAAUGAAUUUGGAGUGGAGGAGGCUGGUAUUGAUGGUGGUGGGAUUUUUAAAGACUUCAUGGAGAAUAUCACUCGAGCAGCUUUUGAUAUGCAGUAUGGACUAUUUAAGGAGACAAUCGACCACCUCCUCUAUCCUAAUCCUGGAUCAGGAAUGAUACACGAACAACAUCUCCAGUUUUUCCAUUUUCUUGGAAUUAUUCUUGGAAAGGCUAUGUUCGAAGGGAUUCUUGUUGAUAUACCAUUUGCAACUUUUUUCUUGAGCAAACUAAAGCAAAAGCACAACUAUUUAAAUGAUUUGCCUUCCUUGGAUCCAGAAUUGUAUCGGCAUCUUAUCUUUCUAAAGCGUUAUGAAGGUGACUUGUCAGAGUUAGAGUUAUACUUUGUUAUUGUUAAUAAUGAAUUUGGGGAGCAAACAGCAGAAGAGCUGAUCCCAGGUGGAAAGAAUAUACGGGUUGUGAAUGAUAAUGUUAUCACCUUUAUUCAUCUUGUUGCCAAUCACCGCCUGAAUACUCAGAUACGUCAACAAAGUUCGCAUUUCUUAAGAGGAUUUCAACAGCUUAUACAGAAAGAUUGGAUUGACAUGUUUAAUGAGCAUGAACUUCAGCUUCUGAUAUCAGGAUCAGUCGACGGUAUCGAUGUCGAUGACCUUCGGUCAAACACAAAUUAUGCUGGUGGCUAUCAUCAUGAGCACUAUGUCAUUGACAUGUUUUGGGAGAUCCUCAAGAACUUCUCCUUGGAGAAUCAACGGAAGUUUUUGAAGUUUGUGACUGGAUGUUCAAGAGGGCCCUUGCUAGGAUUCAAGUAUUUGGAGCCUUUAUUCUGUAUACAACGAGCUGCUGGUAGUGCUUCUGAAGAAGCUCUUGACAGGUUACCCACAUCAGCUACUUGUAUGAAUCUGUUAAAGCUUCCUCCAUAUAGAAGUAAAGAGCACAUGGAACAGAAGCUGUUAUAUUCUAUAAAUGCUGAAGCGGGAUUUGAUUUGAGUUAAACGUAGCUUCAUCCUCCCCCCAACCUGUUACACAUGGUACCUAUCUUUUCCUUUAUGGUUAGUACAAGAAGCAUAUGAGGAAUGUAGUGUGCUAAUCGAAGAAUAUUAUGGAUUGGAAGGAAAGACCAUAGAAAGACUGUAGGUAUGAUGCGGAUUCGGAGAACGGUGGAUUUGUACAUAAUGUGGCUUGCAGCUGCAAUGUAUACCAUUUGUUUGGCAAAGAGUAAAAUAUGCAGAAGAUGGAGUGAUUUGAUAGUAGCGUUGUCUGUAAUGUAUUAUGCUAUUUUACUUGGUGAAAAGAGGAGGCAAUGGUUUGUAGAUAGUAUGUGUUUUCUCUUUUCCUCGUUGUAUUUCUAUUUAUGAAUCCAAGGUCUCAACUCAACUCAACCUAUUAUGGCUACUUGUAAUCAGUCGCUUUUUGUUGGCAAUGGUGUAAUGUUGUCUCAUUCUA